AAAUGUGUGGAAUAAGUAAAAAGGGAUGUGUGGAUAUCACACCCCUAACAAUAUAGCUCACAAUUUUUUUGAAAAAUGUGACCGUAAAAGUACGCAAGAUCAUUUAAGCAAGCCAAAGAAAUAGCAGUUUACUUAUAUUCCAAGCCAAAGUCAUAUUACUAAUAUUCCAAGCCAAAGAAAUAGAAAAAUCGACCAAAAAAGAAAAAAGAAAAGAGGUAUUAGCAGAGAUCAAAAGUGAUUUUCCAUAAAGCUUUGAUGGACGAAAACGAGUCGCAAUUAAAUUAGUCGUAAAUAGAUUUAGUUAGUUAACAACUUAACAGAGUUAUAGACUUAUAGUUGAACCGACCCUUGACCUCCUUUACGUAAUAUUGGUCAACUAUAUGUCCGUCACGAAGAUGGAGCUGGUUAACCAACGUAUGAACCUAUCCUAUCCUUUCUAAGCUAAGCUAAGCUAAGAAGAAUCCCACUAUAUAAAAUGUGAGUAAACCCCAGAUUUUGUUCAACUCCUCAUCAAAUCCUAGUUUGCUUUUGAGCCCUUAAUAAUUACUUCAUCAUCAUGGGCAAUUCCAUCUCCAACAAGCAAUCCCAUGCCACCGGAAAAGUCAUAUUAUCCAACGGCUCUGUGCAUGAGUUCAAUCACCCCAUCACCGUCGCUGAGCUCAUGCUAGAGAACCCGCAGCAAGUCGUCGUGGAAUUCGGCUCUGCGGUCCCCGAAAAAAGGGCAACCCCGUUGCCUGCAGACAUGCAGCUCGACCUGAAAAAGGUUUACUUAAUGCUGCCAAUGAAGCGAGGGAAACCAGUGCCGUUGUCAUCCGAAGAAAUCCGCUGUGUUCUUUUAAGUGCAAAUUUGGUUUUACAAUCGAGGUCGCCAAGGUUUUUACCUUUGUUCUCUAGAAUAUGCCUGGCAGGUGAUCCCGGGCAAGCUUUCGUGUUGCCAAACAAGGACAGGGAUUAUAGUAUGGAGAGGACGUCGUCCAAGGUCAUGAGCAGGUAUGUGCCGGAGUUUGAUCUGCCGGAAGAUUUGGACUCGAGACCAAACUAUUUGAGUAGGCAGCUUUCGGGCAAGGGUACUUGGAAACCGAACUUGGAUACCAUUAAGGAGAAGAAGGUUGACAAGAAGUCUCAUUGGUUAUUUUCAACUUUAAUUAAGAAGAAUGCUGUUGAUUAUGAUUGAUGUAAUGUGAGAUUAAUUGUAUGUGAACCAUAUAUGUAUUAGAGCUUAAUCCAAAGAGAUAUAUUAGUGUAAAAUUACCUGUUCAUCAACUAGCUACUGGUGUUGAUUUCGGUUUCGUUUGGGACUUGAAUGAAUUGGAUGUAUUUUGAUAA